GUUCGCGGCCCUUCCCCGGGGCUCGGUGCCCCGGCCCCUGGUCCCAGGGGGGCGUCCCGGGGGGGAACGCGUGUCCGAAUUGCGGCGCCACGGCUCCGCUGGCCAAGGCCUAUCCCCCCAAAAUCACGGGUCGUAACGGGGCCGCGAUGCGGGUCGCGCAGCACCGGGCCGCCCAUCCCGCCCCAAGGUGGGCGGCAGACGGCCCGGCUGCGGCGCAGGCUUACCCCCUUCCCCUGCCCGCGGCGGCCAGGCUGUGUCCCCGCCGGGCAGCGAACCAGCGCAGCCGGGCCGGGCCGGGCCGAGCCGAGCUGGGCUGUGCCAUGCCGUGCGCAGGCCUGCACGGACGGAGGCGGAGGCUUUUGCACCAGCGCUCUCCCGGCCGGGCAUAAAUAGGCGGCGGUGGCGGGGGCUGCUUGAACGCUGCAUCCCAGCCGCCUCCGCCGAGCGCAGCCCGGGCACGCAUGGACUCCCAGGACUGCCCCUGCGCCACGGGCGGCACCUGCACCUGCGGCGACAGCUGCAAAUGUAAGAACUGCAAGUGCGCGACAUGCAAGAAAGGCUGCUGCUCCUGCUGCCCGGCUGGAUGUGCCAAGUGCGCCCAAGGCUGCGUCUGCAAGGGGCCGCCGGCCGCCAAGUGCAGCUGCUGCAAGUAGGGGCCGCCGGCAGCCCCUCUGCCCGCCCGGGAGCCUGGAGGAGGAGAACCUGAGUGUGUGGGGGGUGUUUUAUAUAUAUAUAUAUAUGUGUGUGUGUCUGCUCAAGUGUCUUUAUUUGUUCUGUGCGACGUGUAAUAAGCUUCCUCAAUAAAGUGACAUGUAUAUAAAUAUCGACAA